CGGGUUUAUUCGUGGUGGCUUUGCACCCUCUUCAAGAUUGACAUCUACAUUCUCUCACUCAAGCCAUGGCACUUUUUGCAAGUUCGUUCAAAUACAAUCUGCGAACUUUGAGGGAUAAUCCACUCGGCGAGAUUGCUGGCUCUCUGGGAGAUUUGGGGACCCUUCUACCUCUUAUGACGGCCCUCGCUGCUGGAAAAUCAAUCUCGCUAACUGCUACUUUGAUAUUCUCGGGGGCCUUCAAUAUAUACAGUGGUGCCUUCUUUGGCGUACCUAUUGUGGUGCAACCCAUGAAAGCCAUUGCCUCUAUCGCCCUCGCUCGACAGCUAUCGAUAAAGGAAACUAUGGCGGCUGGUAUUGGUGUGGGCAUCGUGGUCAUGUUGCUUUCCAUCAUAGGAAUGAUUGGGAGGUUAACCGACCUGAUACCUCUUCCUAUAGUCAAGGGGAUCCAAGUAGGCGCAGGUCUAUCACUCUGUCUCAAUGCUGGCUCUAUGCUUUCGGGCCUUGGCCUUAACGGGUCCAAAUGGGAUGAUAACCUCUUUUGGGCUAUCAGCGCCUUUUCAGUACUCUAUGGAUUUUCACGCCUGCCCAAGUUCCCUUUUGCUCUACUAGUAUUCCUCCUGGGUGGUAUAUUUGCUGCGGUGGAGGUUGCUACAAGUGGUGGGAGUUUGCCAGCCUUCGGAUUCUGGUGGCCAUUGAACCCAACGAUACCGACACCAGAUGAAUUUGCAACUGGGUUCGGGACAGCAGGCGUGGGCCAGAUUGCGUUGACAAUAUUGAAUUCAGUGAUUGCUGUGCGCUACCUUUGCGAGGACUUGAUGCCCACCAGGCCUGCACCAUCAGUUACGGCCCUGGGAAUAUCUGUUGGGCUCAUGAAUUUGACGGGGUGCUGGUUUGGGGCGAUGCCCGUCUGCCAUGCAGGCUCGGGUGGGUUGGCAGCACAGCAUAGGUUUGGGGCACGGUCGGGGGCUAGUGUGAUGCUUCUUGGACUAGUGAAAGUUGGUGCUGGAUUGGCAUUCGGAGAAUCGCUCGCUAGCUUGCUGCAGCGAUUUCCCAAAUCUCUACUAGGCAUCAUGGUAUUUGCGGCUGGAAUAGAACUGGCUUCAGUUGCAGAGAACCUAAACAGUUCAGCCAAAGAUCUGCUAUGCCCUGCCUCAGUGGCGCCAGGGACUGAGCAAGCUCGGUCGGCUGUUUACCCCCCUUUGAGGGUAUUGACGGAUCGCGAGAAGAAGGAGCGAUUCUUAAAUAUGAUGGUCACUGCUGCCAUGACGCUGGCCUGUAAAAAUACCUUGGUGGGAUUUCUAGCUGGUUAUUUCUUUUGGGCUCUCCUCCGGCUACAAGAUAGGAUGGAGAGUUUGGAAGAGGCAAGGGCAUCGUACGCUCCUUUGAAUGAAGCAUCUGCGCUCUUGGGACGAUAA